AUGGCAACAGAUGAAGUGCCCCUGAUCGGCCCAUCAUUCAUCUCGAACUUCGAUCCCUCUGGAUCCCUCGCGAUUCGCAACGCUAGAUCGGAACUCCCUGGGCUGAUCAAUAACCUCUUCCAAUCCAAUGUUCUCAAUCGCACCGAUUUAGCCUUCUCUAUUGAUAUCUUUUCGGCCGCAACCAAUGACAGUCUCUACAGAUAUACGCAUGUCGGAGAGGACAUGAAAGAGACUCUCACCGCUGGAACCCUCAAUGACAAGACUAUCUCCCGUACCGGGAGUGUGACAAAACUUUUUACUGUCUAUGCAAUCCUCGUCAAGGCGGGAAUUGGAUGCUUCAGCGAUCCCAUCACGAAGUAUCUGCCUGAGCUUGGAGGUAAUGCAUCUAGUGAUCCCCUGGAGCGAAUCCGCUGGGAUGAUAUUACUGUCGGAGCCCUGGCAUCUCAACAGGCUGGAUCUGGCGGUAUUGGCGACUUUUUCCUAGAGUAUGCAAACCCAGACGACCCAUUGAACUACAAGCCCGAGGAGUUCCUCAAAUUCAUGCGGGACGAGAAAGCACCUGUCAUAUCUCCCUAUCGAAAUGCUAUCUACUCUGACGCCGGUUUUGCUGUUCUGGGUCAGGUUCUUGUGCGCAUGACAGGGAAGAAAAAUUUCACCGAGGCAAUUCAAGAAACUCUGUUUGAUCCAAUGGGGUUGGAGAGCAUGUCAACGAAGGUGCCGAAGGGCUCAGGCCUGAAUGUCAUCGAUCGGUCCUCUAUCGACAAGAACUCAUCAUGGGGACUCGACCUUGAAAUUGUUGCUUCAACUGGGAGUAUUUAUGCCAACGGCGAGGAUCUUCGUACCGCAGGCCUUGCCAUCUUAAAUUCCGAGUUUUUGUCCGCAGCCACAACGUCAGAAUGGAUGAAGCCCCGAAGUGGAACAGGUUCCCUGGUCGAGCUAGUCGGAGCGCCAUGGGAGAUCUCACGCCUCGAAAUUCCAGUUACCCCAGGAUCAAACCGCACCCGCAUCUCAGAUCUAUACACCAAAGCCGGCGGCAACGGUGAUUACACAUGCAUCUUUGCCCUAUCGCCAGACCAAGGUAUCGGUUAUUCGAUUUUAGUCGCCGGAUCAACCGCCUCGUCGGCCCGCUGGCCUCUACGCGACCUAGUUGGUGAGACAUUUGUUCCAGCUGCCGAGCACGCAGCAGCAGAGAAUGCCAAGCGCAACCUUGCCGGAACAUUCGUGGAUGAGAGCUCACCUGGAACAAACCUCACAUUGACCGUCGACAAGGCACGUCCCGGCCUUGGAUUGAAGCGAUUCUGGGUCAAAGGCGUCAACGGCCUUGAUAAUACCCAUGUGCGUCUGUAUCCGACCGGUCUUAACUCCUUUUCGAAUUCAUUGUCUUCCCUAUAUAAGAGUAAGGGUACAAUGCGCGUCGCGCACCGCAUGGUUGUACCACCGAACAAAUUGAAGCCUCGUGCUGCUGUUGAGGGUGGAAAGGGAGGAUUGUUUGAUAACUCAUUUGCGUGGAUGAAUCUUGAUUUCGCUGGACCCUCUGAUGAGUUCAUAUUUAACUUGGUUGAUGGAAGGCUCGUCAGUGUUGAAAUUCCACUUUCAGGAUUGACACUGAAAAGAGUGAACUGA